AUGUCGGCUGGUGGACGAGAUGGUGAGACGGGGAUAAUGGAGGAGAUGGCGGAGUUCUACUCGUCGGAGUCGUGGUCGGGUCAGACCGGGCUGCUGAAAUCGAUUGGGGUCCCCGAACUGGAAUGGUAUUUCAAAACGGGGAAAUUCGAAAGUAAUAAUAAUGAGAACAAGAAAACGAUUGUUAAAGGAGGAGGGUGGGAUAUAAUACGGAGGAGCAUAUACGAGGAGGCGGUGAGGAAGAUCAAGGAGAAUUCGGAAGUCAUGGAGAGGGAAGCUUGGGCUGGGGAACCAUGGAGGUGCAGUGGGGACUCGAAUUGA